AUGGACUUGGGCAGGAAGUUGUUGGGUGUGUACCCGAUGAGCGCGGCGUUUCUGGUGGACGGGAUGCGGAGCAUCUCGCGCUCGACGUGCCAUCCAAACAUGGUUGCAAUGUACUCGACGUGGUCCACCAGGGUGGCAUACCGCGAGUCGGACGUGUACGAGGUCGGGGAGUUGGGGGAGGCGGGCAGCUUCUUGGCCGCGUACCGCACCUUGUCGCCGUUGAGGUUGUGCGAGCAGCACGGGAUCACCAUGAACGGGUACCCCAGCAACGGGAUCCACGUGGUGAGCUCGUCAGAAUGGUUGCCGAUGAUGAAGGUGUUUUUCGGGAACUCUGCGGCGUUGACCUGCGGCGAGGCCAGGAUAUCGGCGGCCGUGAACAGCUCCACGAGCUGCUGUUUGUCUGCGAGCUUCACGUCGGGCAGGGCGUCUUUGGGAGCUGGCACUUUGAAAACACGGCCGUUAUCCGAGAAAAAGUGUGUGCGGACGGCCGGGUGCGGUCUGAGCAGCACGCUCGGGAUGAUCACCUGCUCCUUGAGCUUCUUCUGCACCUCUGGUGGGUACAUUUCCCAGGACUUGCGUGCUCUCGCGUCAAUCCCAAUCCCGUUGUACCCUUCCAUGGAAAGCAGGUACACCAGCAGCCCGUUGCCGCAGCCCAGGUCGCGGAACUCAAACAGCUCCUUGUCCGGGUAG